AUGGACAACAGAAUCUCCUGUGACAUUAUGAGCUGGUUCGAGGACGUUUCCGAAAAUGCGCCCAGCGUUCAAACACAGACACUUCGUCGGAUUCUGCAACUCAAUUUUGCCGCGGAGUAUCUUAAGAAGUGGAUAGGAGAAGUCAGUAUUGAAGAUAUGGAAGAUAGUGCAUUGGAAUCGCUUUACACCUCUUUGGUGCCUCUUGCUUCCCAUGCAGAUUUUGAACCUUAUGUCCAAAGGAUUGCUGAUGGGGAAAAAGCACCUCUAAUCACUCAAGAACCUAUCACAACUCUCUCCUUGAGUUCCGGAACUACUGACGGCCGACAGAAGUACGUGCCUUUUACUCGCCAUAGCUCCAAGACUACUCUUCAAAUUUUCAAGCUUGCAGCAGCUUAUAGAUCAAGAAUUUAUCCAAUAAAAGAGGGAGGAAGAAUCCUUGAGUUCAUAUACAGCAGCAAACAGUUCAAAACGAAGAGUGGCAUAACAGUAGGAACAGCCACAACUCAUUACUAUGCAAGUGAGGAAUUCAAGAUUAAACAACAAGAGACAAAGUCAUACAUUUGUAGCCCCGAAGAAGUCAUUUCAAGUGGUGACUACAAACAAUCCACAUACUGUCAUCUCCUUCUCGGCCUAUACUUUGACGAUCAAGUCGAAUUCAUAGCCUCCACAUUUGCAUUCAGUAUAAUCCAAUCAUUCAGAUCAUUUGAGGAGUCUUGGAAAGAUAUAUGCAAUGACAUCAGGGAUGGAACCCUAAGUUCAAAAAUCACCAUUCCCUCUGUCAGAAAAGCGGUUCUUGAUAUAAUUUCAGUACCCAAUCCAUCUUUGGCAAAAAGGGUUCAAUCCAAAUGUGUAGAAUUGGAAGAAAUGGAUUGGUAUGGACUGAUUCCAAAGCUGUGGCCAAAAGCAAAAUAUGUGUAUUCAAUAAUGACAGGAUCUAUGCAGCAUUAUUUGACAAAAAUGAGGCAUUAUGCUGGGGAUUUGCCACUGGUGAGUGCUGAUUAUGGUUCGACGGAGAGUUGGAUUGGAGUAAAUGUGGAUCCUUGCUGUCCGCCAGAGAAAGUCAGUUUUGCUGUUGUGCCCACUUUUUCUUACUUUGAAUUCAUACCACUUAAUAGAUCGGAGAAUGAAGAUGGAAAAUCAGCGAUUGAUGAUUUUGUAGAAAACGAUCCUGUGCCACUCUCUAAUGUCAAGAUUGGACAACAAUAUGAGAUUGUUCUGACAACUUUCACAGGGCUCUAUAGGUAUAGAUUAGGAGAUGUGGUAGAAGUAGUUGGUUUCCACAGAAACACUCCCAAACUCAGCUUCAUAUGCAGGAGAAAGCUAAUCUUAACUGUAAAUAUAGACAAGAAUACUGAAAAUGACCUUCAACAGGUGGUGGAAAAGGGUUCUAAAAUACUAAGAAAAGCUAGAGCCGAGCUAGUCGAUUUCACUAGCCACGCUGAGGUCGCAAAACACCCGGGUCAUUACAUAAUUUACUGGGAAAUCAAAGGAGAAGUUGAAGAAAGGAUUCUUGAAGAAUGUUGUAGAGAAAUGGAUGCUUCAUUUGUUGAUCAUGGAUAUGUUGUGUCGAGAAGAAGCAAUUCCAUUGGACCUCUUGAACUUUGCAUUGUGGAGAAAGGGACUUUCAAAAAGAUUAUGGAUAAUUUCAUAGCAAAUGGUGCAGCAUUGAGCCAGUUCAAGACCCCUAGGUGCACUUCCAAUCAGCUGGUUACGUUUCAAGAAUCCUAUCUUAGGGAUAACAAUCAAAUUAAGAGAUGUAUAACGAUGUUUUCUGUCUUGGUCACAUAG